AAAGAUCAUUCUUUGCUAUAUCCAACACUUUAGCAAAGUAUGGCACGUACGGGUUUGUAAAAUAAGACAAAAUAUCUUAAACGAAUAUAAUGUGAAAUCUCCUCAAAUUUGAUCUACGGACAGCUUUCUUCAGUGAAAGAAACAUACAGCGAGAAGAAAACUGGGAAGGUCAAUCAAUUAAAUAUAAUUUCCCUUUGACCAUCUGACAUCUAUUCGUUCUUAAAAUAACAUAAAUGUUCCUUAGUGCAUUUACUUUGUAAUAUACUCCUUUAAGCAAAGUCUGACACCUAUACGUUCUUAAAAUAACACAACUGCUCCUUAGUGAAUUUACAAAUUUGUGUUUAAGUCAUAUUAAAACUUUGCUCUACGAAAAAUUCAUACCGAGAAGCUUAAAAUUCGGAUUCUGUCAUCAAUCAGUUGAGAAAGCUUUCGUGCAUGUAGUUUAUUCUCAUAACGUUCUGAGAGAAAGAAAGAAAUUUCUCUGCAAACAGAAAGCACAGUUUGGUGCGCAUCGUUUAGUGUUGCAACAAUCCAAACAUGCACGCGUGAAAAACAAAAUCUUGCUGAAAGUUUGAUUAAGAUUCGUAUCUGUGAUGCUGAAUGAAAAGGGUAUAUUUUUAGGGGCACACCGUGUGACAUGAAGCAUCUGCGAGUACAUUUGGCAACACAUAAUAAAAAGUUCACUUGGAUUGAGAAGUUUAUGCAUUGUGUUGAAUGCUACUGAAAACAGUUGUAUAUCAAGGCCACUCAAGAAAUAAAUAAGUGAGCUGCACUUAUGAACAGAAGAGCAGACAUGCAGUCACUUCAUAUUUUGAAUCAUUCAAAAUGUAUGCUGGCAGCAUUUCAUAACCUUAGACAAGAUGAAUCAAUGCUUGAUGUUACAUUAGCAUGUCAAGGCUUGAACUUAAAAGCACAUAAGUUAAUCCUUUCAGCUUGUAGCCCAUUUUUUAAAAGUCUGUUAGAAAGUAAUCCUUGCAAACAUCCUAUUAUUAUAUUAAAGGAUGUUGAAUUUGUGGACUUAAAAGCUGUAAUAGAUUUCCUAUAUAAAGGAGAACUCUCUGUUCCACGAGAGAGACUGAUUCCAACAUUGAAAGUGGCUGAAGAUUUGCAGAUAAGAGGAUUAACACGUCAUGAAUCAAAUAAAGUUGACUAUGAAAAAUUAUAUCAGAAAGUACAUGAAAGGCAGUCUGGAAGAAAAAGGCGGAAAAAAUAUCAUAAGUGUUCAUCUGACUCUGAAGGCCAAGAUUAUUCAAAUAAUUCCGACUCUGAUGAGAUAAUUUCACAGUCAGAUGAUAGUGAGAUUAAAACUUUAGAGAAAACUGAAGCUAAUUUAUCCCCAUCUUGUCUGAAAGAUCAGGGAAGCCAUGAUGAGUCAUCUGAUGAAGCAGAUGAAUCCAGGCCUGUUGUUUUACGUGUUACAGAACCAGCUGAUGAUGAAGCCUUAAAUGUUAACAAAGAUGAUAUGGACAUUGAAAAUAUAUCAGAUCAACCCUUCACUACUUUUCAAAAUCACGAAUCGGAUGAGAAUGAUAGUAAUCAAAAUGACAUAAAUGCUGAUGAAGAAAUUCAUGGUGCACCAUUGUCAGUUCAAGAAGAUUCUCCGGUUCAAGAAAAUGCUUCUGUGUGUGUAUCAGAGCUUUCAGUUUCAGCAAGUCAUGAAAAUACUGAAGAUUCAAAUUCUGUUAUUCCGGUAGUUGAAGUACAUCAUGAUAAUGUUCAAGGUAUGGAAACAGCUGCGAAUGUAGAUUUGAAUGCAGCAGAUGAGGGCACAGAUUCUGUAAAACAAAUAUCAAUUGAACUAAACUCAUCUUCUCCAACUGUCAAAUCUCAGUCUAUAAUGCCAAGUGAACGGGCAGAUUCAGAAAGUGAAACUGAAUACGGAAAUGAAAACCUUGAUGGGUUUGAAUGUUCUACAUGUGGACUUCUUUUAACUUCUCGUUCUGCACUCAUACGUCAUGAGAUCAUCAUUCAUAAGUCCCCCAACAUGAUUCGUCCUCUGAAGUGUAAUUAUUGUUCUUUUACUACUAGGCAAAUUCGUCGUUUAAAAAAUCACAUGCUUAUGCAUUGCAAGAAGUGAGUAUAAAGAAAAUAACAUCAACAAAUGAAUUUAAAAUACUAAUUCAUUUUCUUCACCUUAGCGAACUAUCAUAAAAAAUGAAGUAAUUUUUAAUUAUAUUUUUUUUAUUUUCCAUCAUCUAUUAUGAAAUUUAAAUGUUCAUAAGAUUUGGUCUUUUGCAACAGUCAGUUUAGGAUGAUAUUGUGAUGAAAAUAGAGAAUCCUAUUUGGAGAGAGAAAAUAGAAUUUAGAAUUGCAGUCACUAAUACUGCAAUAUGAAUAUCAUAUAUAAUGUUAUGUAUAUUUUAUGUUAUGAACAGUUAACCGCAUCUAAUUUUUUCCUUUCUUUUUAUUUUUAAUUUUGGUUAGUUGAAGAAGUGACUGUUAAAACAGAUUAAUAAUGAAAGCAUAGCUCUAAUAAAUAGAUAGAGAAUAUAAAAUUACAUUGUUCUCUCAUCAGUCCAUUCUCAUCCAAUAGAAUUAUCCUCAUGUGUAGUAAUAAUUUUUUUUACCUGGUAGAUGUUUUUAUGCAUAUGUAGUUAAAUUGAUAAAAAUUUCAUAUUUGAUAUAUCUCUGUGUAUAAUUGUAAUACAUAGAUGUUUGAAUUCUAUUAAAUUUUUUAUGUACGUACAGGAAAAAUUGCAGCUAAACUUAAUGGUGCUGUAAAACAUUUAUUGUGCAUGAUCAUAUCUCGCACCUUUUUCUUUAUGUUUCAGAAAUGUGAUCUUUUAAAUAAUUUUUACAAAGAAUUACAUGGCUGGAAAGGGAAGAAUUAAAAAAAAUUCAAAUAACAAAACUUAAUUUGUGCUGGUCACAGUAACAUUUAUACUGAAUUAUUCUAUUUCCCCCUUGUUAUGUAUACAUAUUGGAUGUAUUAUAUGUGUUGCUGUAAGUACUCAAAAUCCAUGGAUCAUGGAACUUGAUUACAAUAAAGAUGCAAAGUUUAUGAGCUUUAAUAACUUCAGGCUUUUAUUAGUUACAUCAUGACCUCUUUAGUGUCCAUUGUAAAUUGGAGAUAUAGUAUGAAUUAUUUUAUGUGCUAAUGAAAUUUUUAAUCAAAACUAGUUCGUACUAAAGAUAUCUGUAUCCAGAUACUGAAAUUGAAUACAGUACAAAGUGCAAGAUCUGGACUUAAUGAGUCUUUGGCAAUUUCAGAUUUUAGAUCAUCAGUUUGAAUCUAGUGAGAUGACAUGUAGAAAUUAUAAAAGUAAAAAUAUGAAAUAGUUUUUUUAUGAAAUACCGAACGAAUGUUUCCAUAAGAGUGUCCUUAAGAGAAUCAAAAUUUGCAAAUGAAUAAAUAAAAAGCUAAAUGUUUGUUUGCUGUAUUAAAAAUUUCUUAAAUGCGAGUUGUUUAGCAUUUUUUAUGCUAAUACUCUUUAAUUUUAUAGAUAGACAUAGUUUCUUUUUCAGUUACAGAGUUCACUUAGCAAGUCAAGAAUUCCCACUAAAUUUUCUAUCAAAUUUUUUUUUUUUGUUCUCAACAACUUGUCUUUCACUUUCUUCACUAUCAGUAGAAGUGUCUGUAGCAUGCUUCUUAAUUCUCAAUUAAGAAGCAUGCUGCAGAUUUUACAUCUGUUAGUACAGUGGUUGGUUUUUAUGUAUUAAUGCAACCACCUUAGUAAAAAUUGCCAAACUCUGGCAGCCAUGCUCAUAACCAACCUUCAGUCAAAUGACGCCGCUAUUUUCAUAUGCAUUCUUUUUUGUUGUAUUCAAAGUUCAAAUGGUUUUUAUAAGCAAAUCAUGAUAUUGCCUUAAACAUAGUUUUGAAAACUGAGCUUGUAGAAUUUCCCAGCGAUGGAAGAAACUUUUUCAGAAAGAUGGAAGAAAUUUCUGCAGAUGGCACUGUUGCCAAGGGUUGCACAAAGCCAAGUCUUAACAAUUCUGUGAUGGUUUUUUAAGGGAAAACACAUCCCUAUGCACUUCGGGGGAAGAACAGCACAACAAAUUUACAGAAACAUUUUAAGAAGAAUGUAAGUAUUCACAUAAUUCUUAUUUAAUAAAUAAAAUUUGUAUUUUAAAUUGUUAAAGUGUUUUUUCUCAUAUGUUGAUAAUGUUUAUCAACAUACGAUAAAUAUCAAUAGUUUGGAAAUCUUUCUUAAAAAAAGGGCAUGAAAACAAACAACUUGUGCCUUUCAUUUGUUGAUAAGUAACUUUUAGCUUUUCAUCUGGGAAAAAUCGUCAAAUUGUGCCAAGGUGUUUGCAUUAAUACACAAGUACUGAUUGUUUAUUGGGGCCCUGUCAUAUCAGUUGAAUACUUCUUUAUAUCAUACUCAUUUUGGGAAAUUUAAUUUUUCAUCUGUGGUAUUCGAAAACAUUCAGAUUCACAGCUACCAUCAUCUUACAACUUAGCGAGCGUUCGCUAUGUACUACCAGCAAUAUAUAAUGAGAUUGGCAACUAGCUCUAAAAAGAAAAAAAAAAAAAAAAAAAUUAUAAUGGAUGGAAAAGUAAACCUUAAAGCUUAAUGGAAUGACAAAUAAAUUAUUUACAAGCAGCAUUAAAUGGUCUAUGAAUAUCAUUUAAAAAAUCUAUUUUUAGAAAUUUUUGUUAAGUUUCUUUUCAUCAACUGGUAUAACACUUGGCGUAAGUUUGUAAUUGUCGGCAAGUGUAAUGUAAGUAUGAAAGGUUAGUAUGGUGUUUGCUUUUCAGUUACUUAUAAUUAAAACCAAAUUUCCUUUAGGCAUGGCUGCAUGAACGAUUUCCCAAGCUGCCCUGAGCCAAUAGUGUGAUGAUGAAAGCAAAAAAUAAUAAUUUUAUUUACUCAGUUUACAUUACUCAGUUUAUAUACACAAGUAUUUGCCAGGUUGGCAUAAGGGUUAUAUGAUAUUCAGUAGACAUAAAAUCAGUGAUAAACAUUUAUAGAAUGUUUCAAUUUGAGAUGUAUUAUGAGCAAUAAGGCAGCUGUAGAGCCAAAUUAUUGAUAAAUUUAUUAUGCUCAAAUUAUGCUGAUAAAUUAUUUUGUUCCUUUAACGAUUAAACGAAACCUCUGAGGAGGUGUUCUGUUUAAUGCCAAACUGGACAUUAGCAUCUGAAACCUUCACAUGCCUUAUUAUGAAAAAAUGUCUAUUGCAUAUAUAUGAAAAACAUUUAGUGUAUGCUACUCCAGGAAUCUCUUUCUCUCUCACACACACCCAUUAAAAAAAAAAAAAAAAAAAAAAAAAAAAAAAAAAAAA